AUGACUUCAAACAAUUAUUAUGGUUUCACACAUACCGGCACUCAAUACGGGACAACCUAUACUCCCGUCCCGACCACUCCCUAUGCAAUGACGGCUCAGAUGUACGGGUCGUCCGCCCGAAGCGCAUACGACCAAACGGCUUAUCCACAGACCAAUCAAACGGCUCCCAAUUCAACCGCCUAUUCAUACAAUCAAAGAGCUCAGCCGACUGCAGCGGCCGUCGGUUUUGGCACUGAAUCGACUCAAUACCCGAAUACGGCUCAAAACACUACUUAUCCGUACAAUUAUACCAAUUCAUACAACUCUGUGGUCACUAAUUAUGCCGCGAUCCCUCAUAUGUUUCUAUUUGAAUGCAAAGCCGCUCUCUAUAGCCAACAGACCACUAAUACCGGCGCUGAGGAACAGACGGCUGCCAUCUAUUCAAACAAUAAGUCUUCUAACAACUGGUCCUUUAAGAAGAAUAUGAAAACAAAUAAAGUGAAGACAACUAAAAGUGUACAACAAUUGCAUUAUUGCGAU